AUGAGCAACGCCGGAGGUCUUCAGGACGAGGUCCUGGCCAAGGCCCACGUCCCCUCAGCCACCCUCCAGGGCACCGAAAAAGAGACGCGCGGGUCAUUCGACGUGACUGCUGCCGCCGCCCCCAGCGUUGAUAACAACGGCUACGACUCCAAGUCCGACGAUGACUACGAGGACAAGCCCACUGAGGAGGAGCUCAACACCCUCCGUCGUGUCUCGGGCCCUAUCCAUUGGGGUAUCUACACGAUCGCCUUCGCUGAGCUUUGCGAGCGCUUCUCCUACUAUGGCUCCUCCGUCCUUUACACCAACUUCGUCAUGCGCCCCCUUCCUGCAGGCUCGACGACUGGUGCUACCUAUGGCGCCGACAUUCCUGCCGGUGCUCUGGGUAUGGGCCAGAGAGCCUCCCAGGGUGUUUCUCUGGUAAACCAGUUCUGGGCUUACCUUGUUCCUCUCUUCGGCAUGUAUAGUGGUUGGUUGGCAGACUCCAAGCUUGGUCGCUACAAGGUCAUCCACAUUGCUAUCGCUGUUUCCACCAUCGCCCACGUUAUUCUCGUCAUCUCCGCUGCCCCCAGUGUUCUCGCCAAGGGCAAGGUCGCUUUCGCACCCUUCUUCAUUGGCCUCUUCACCCUGUGCUGCGGUACCGGUCUCUUCAAAGCGAACAUCUCUCCCAUGCUCGCUGAGCAGAACAAAGAUAUCCGCAUGCGUGUUGAGGUUCGGAAGGGCGAGCGCGUCAUCGUCGACCCUGCUGUUACCAACUCCCGUAUCUUCCUGUGGUUUUACUUCGCCAUCAACGUUGGUGCCACCGGCGGCCAGAUCUCCAUGGUCUUCGUCGAGAAAUAUCACAGCUUCUGGCUCGCCUUCCUCCUGCCCACCAUUCUCUUCGCCAUCUGCCCUGUUGUCCUCUUCCUGAACAAGAAGAACUACCACCUCACUCCCCCCACCGGCUCUGUCCUUGAGAAGUUCUUCCGCAUGUCUAGCUUCGCUGCUAAGCGCUCCGGCGGUUACACUAAGCUGAACUGGGAGCACGCGAAGCCCAGCAACGUCCCCGUUGCCGAGCGCCCCGGCUGGUUGACUUACGACGACGCCUGGGUCGACGAAGUUCGCCGUGGUCUGAAGGCCUGCAAGGUCUUCCUCUUCUUGCCCGUCUUCUUCCUCGCCUACAACCAGAUGACCAACAACCUGACCUCGCAGGCCGGUUCCAUGGUUCUCGGCGGUGCCCCCAACGACGUUAUCCAGAACCUCAACCCUCUGUCUAUCAUCAUCAUGAUUCCUCUUCUGGACCACUUUGUGUACCCCGGUUUCCGCAAGAUGGGCUUCAACUUCACCCCCAUCAAGCGUAUGACCACUGGUUUCUUUUUCGCUGCCGCUUCCAUGAUCGCCGCUGCCGUCAUGCAGCACUACAUCUACCAGAUGUCUCCUUGCGGUGAUCACGCCACCAUCUGCGAUGAUGGUCCUGCGCCCAUCAACGUCUGGGCUCAGUGUCUCCCCUACAUCUUGAUCGGUCUUGCCGAGAUCUUCCUCAACGUCACCUCGUACGAGUACGCUUUCGCCAAGGCCCCGGAGAACAUGAAGUCUCUCGUCAUGUCCGUCAACUUGGCCAUGAGUGCUGUCUCCUCCGCCCUUGGCCAGGCCUGGACCCCUCUGUCUGAGGACCCCCUCUUGGUCUGGAACUACGCCUCCGUUGCCAUCAUUGCCUUCAUCGGCGGUGUUGCCUUCUGGUUCUGCUUCAAGCACCUAGACCUCGUUGAGGAUGAGCUCAACUCUCUCAAGAAGACCAAGUUCCUUGGCUCCAACCAGCCUACCGCUGAGGCUCACGAUGACGCUACCCACACUCAGGUUUCUGAGAAGGUUUAA